UGAGCGCGGAGCAAGCGGCGGCGGCGGGGCUCCGCCGCAGCAACGCGGGCCCGGGCGAGCUCGAGCGGGUGCAGGACGCGCUGCCGCCGCCCCCAAAGCAGCCCGCGGGGCCCAGGACCGCCGGGCCUGGCCGCUGGCCGGCCGUGCGCCGAGUUCAGCUGCCACCAGCACGGCCAGCAUGGUGGACCACUUGCUUCCAGUGGACGAGAGCUUCUCGUCGCCGAAAUGCCCGGUUGGUUAUCUGGGUGACAGGCUGGCCAGCGGGCGGGCAUACCACAUGCUGCCCUCGCCCCUCUCAGAGGAUGACAGCGAUGCCUCCAGCCUCUGCUCCUGUGCCAGCCCUGACUCGCAAGCCCUUUGCUCCUGCUACAGCGGUGGCUCGGGGGGUGAGGGGCAGGACAGCAUCUUGGACUUCCUGUUGUCCCAGGCCACACUGGGCGGUGGCGGUGGCUGUGGCAGCAUUGGGGCUAACGGUGGCCCCGUGGCCUGGGGGACAUGGCGAAAAACACCAGCUCCUGUGAAGGGGGAGCAUUUCUGCUUCCCCGAGUUUCCUGCGGGCGACCCUGAUGAUGUCCCGAGGCCCUUCCAGCCCACCCUGGAGGAAAUCGAAGAGUUUUUGGAGGAAAACAUGGAGCCAGGGGUGAAGGAGGCCCCAGAAAGCCACAGCAAGGACUUGGAGACCUGCAGCCAGCUCUCCACCGGGCUACACAGGAGCCACCUCCAUCCUGGGUCCGGUGGGAGAGAGCGCAGUGCCGCAUUGUCGGGUGCCAGUGCAGGCAGCAGCCAGGGCACCGGUGGGGGUCCCACUCCAGACGGCCCCAUCCCCGUGCUGCUGCAGAUCCAGCCCAUGCAGGUGAAGCGGGAAUGUGGUGCAGAGCCUGCCUCUCCUGGGCAGGCCCCAGAGAGCGUUAAGGUGGCCCAGCUCCUGGUCAACAUCCAGGGGCAGACCUUCACGCUCGUGCCCCAGGUGGUGCCCUCCUCCAGCUUGAACCUGCCCUCCAAGUUCGUGCGCAUUGCCCCUGUGCCCAUCGCCGCCAAGCCCAUUGGGUCCGGACCCCUGGGGCCUGGCUCCACCAGCCUCCUCAUGGGCCAGAAGUUCCCCAAGAACCCGGCGGCAGAACUCAUCAAAAUGCACAAGUGUACUUUCCCCGGCUGCAGCAAGAUGUACACCAAAAGCAGCCACCUCAAGGCCCACCUGCGCCGGCACACGGGCGAGAAGCCGUUCGCCUGCACCUGGCCGGGCUGCGGCUGGAGGUUCUCGCGCUCGGAUGAGCUGUCCCGGCACCGGCGCUCGCACUCGGGCGUGAAGCCCUACCAGUGCCCCGUGUGCGAGAAGAAGUUCGCGCGCAGCGACCACCUCUCCAAGCACGUCAAGGUGCACCGCUUCCCGCGCAGCAGCCGCGCUGCGCGCCCCUGAACUGUCUGCCUGCCCUCCAGCCCACUGGUGCUUUGUAGCAAUAAUUUAUCAGCCUCCUUCGGAGGACAGGACAGUGUUACCAGCCACCUUCUGGAGCUCAGGGCACCUGGGAGGUGCAGACCCUGAGCCCCCCACCUGGGCCUCCCCGGGGUGUCCCAGAGCGCCCGGCCGCCUGGGCUGGAGGCAGCCUUCGUGCCUUCGUGCCUUCCCGAGGCCUGGCCUCACCACAGGGGCACUGGCCUGGCCCUGCUCCCACUGGGCUCCCCGCCUGGGCCGAGGCCAGCACUUUAUUGCUGGGAAAGAAGAAAUGGGCAGUUUUGAAAUGUCAGUUCCCAGAGGGAGCCGUGCUGGGAAGAAGGAAGUAGGACAAAAGUCCAGGGCUGCACUGUGGUGUGAGCAUGGCUUUGUCCAAGGUGCCUGGCUCGGCCUGAACACCAGAGGGUUUACGGGCAGGGCGGGCAGGGGUGCAGGACCUGGCCUCCAGGUGAGUGCGGGAUUGGGGUGAAAGGCCCCUCUCUGCGGGCAGCAGUGCAUGUGUGUGAGUUAAACACAGGACAGAUGGACAGGUGCAGGUUAGUCCCAGAGCAUCUGCACCCAGCCUGGCUCAGCGCCCCCAUCCUGUUUCCAGAGAGAUCCAGACAGCAGCCUACAGGGUGGCCUUCAGGAGGAAAGGGAGCAGCUGCAUUGCGUGUAGAAGAGCUAGAUAGAGCCUCCAAUCCUGAUUUAGAAAUGCAUUCCUUAUUUUGUCUAGAAAUUAAUAUCAAAUGAACUAGCUUGUUUUGAGAGGUUUAUUUCACAUCCUAUGAAUGUAUGUAAAUAAAAUGUACAUAGGUACAUCUACAUAAAAUCUUUUAAUAACGUAUCAACAUUGUGUAAAUUUGAAAUUUAAAUCUAUAAAGCUGGUGUACAUACGUUACAAUCAUGUAUAUUUUCUUUGGUCCUUCAUAAAAAUAUAUUUACUUUGCCAAUAAAAGGAAAAAGAACUCAAAA